GAAAAUUUAUGAAGUUUUACUAAAUUAAAUUAUAAAAACAAUUGAACUACGCUCACUUACCAUGAAAAAUAGUUUAGCAUACAUUAAUACAAAUGUAGAAUAUAUGUAGAAUAUGGUUAGAAAUUUUAAAACAACAUUAAAGAUUAGACUUCAGUAUAUAAAGUAUUUACCAAAAACUCAAUAUUUUAUAGGUUUCAGUAUACAAAGCCCUGCUCUGGUUCAUGAUCCCGAGAAGGCUUACAAGUCUGCUUUCUUGAGGGUCAACGAUGAGUUGCACGAGAGCGAGAUCGAUGAUUCCAUGAGUUGCACCACUCGCGCUGUACUCGCUGUUAAGUACAGGAACAGGGUUCUAGCAGAGGAUUUGUCUUAUGAUCAGACGCCUUUUAGGGAAGAUGAGUGUGAGAGGGUGAAAGCGUGUAGAGCAAGAGUGAUGACUGUUGAUCAAGUUGAACGGUUGAAAGAUCCUAAUAUUCAAACAUGGGCUAACGAAGAGAGCGAAGGAGGUGACCCACCUAGGCUUUGGGUACAGAACGGGAUGUAUCCUGGGACAGCGUUCACGAGAAGCGUUGGUGAUUGUACAGCUGAGGGGAUUGGUGUUACCGCGGAGCCUGAAGUGUCUAUGGUUCAUCUUUCGCCGAAUCAUUUGUUCUUUGUUGUUGUGAGUGAUGGGAUCUUUGAGUUUCUUCCAAGCCAAGCUGUUGUUGAUAUGGUGGGGAGAUAUGCUGAUCCGAGAGAUGGAUGUGCAGCAGCUGCAGCGGAAUCAUAUAAACUGUGGUUGGAGCAUGAGAAUAGGACUGAUGAUAUCACAAUUAUCAUUCUACAGAUAAAAAACCUGUCUAAUGAAUGAUAAUGAUCAUGAUGAUGGCAUUAUUCGGUAUUCCUAUUUUCCCCCUUUGUUUGUUUUUCUGUUGUAUACUCUUACUAUGUCACAUAUUCAUCAUAUAUAGCAAGUGAAAGUAAUGCUCUCUCUUUAUAUCAUGUGUAUGAGCUUCUUUCAAAUAUCUCUGGCUACUAAGAGAGAGCAAUAAUGUCAUGUGUAUGAGCUUCUUUCACACAUCUCUGACAUUGUAUCAUGCCAGGUUAUUUAUAUCACAAUUAUCAUUGUACAUUUUAGACAGGUUAUUUAUAUCAUGUGUAUGAGCUUCUUUCACACAUCUCUGACAUUCUCAAAUAAUGUCAUGACAUAACCCAUCUCAUAUAUAUUAUUAAAACUGAAAUACAUUUUGCUACUGUUAUAAAUGAAAAUUGUUUGAAAACAUGACAUUAGAAUCUAUUGUGAGGGUUAAUUUGAGAUAUUUGCUAUUCUAUUAGUCCAAGAUUAAAGCUGAAAGUAUACAGAUAAAACAACUAAAUAAAUAUUGACAAAGACACAAACAAAUAAAUUUUAUAUCGCAUAUGUUAUUAUAAAUGUUUUUCUAUACAAUUUUCGUGCUUGAAUAUACAAUUUUAAUGCUCAUCAGUAUUGUUCUCUUACGUUAAUGGUAAAGGGGAAAAUUCAUAAAUCUAAUUUUGAAGAAUUUUUUGUUCACCUAAAAAAAUUAUUCUAACAACACAAAAAAUUAUGACUGAUUAUUGAUUUCAGCUUGAUGAAAUAAACCAUAAUUAUAACCAUAAACAUAUUCUUGUUUCAUUAGAAUUUUUUUUUAAAAAGAACAAUAUAAAAGUUUUUUUGAAUUUUUUUCAGAUUUUUCUCUGAUUUUUUCUUAUAUUUUUCUUAUUUUUUUUUAAUUUUUUAAAAUACAUUUUUGAAUUUAUUAUUUAAAUUUUAUAUAAUAAAUCUUAAAUUCUAAACCAUAAUCUCCACAUCCUAAACCUAAUUUUUUAAUUAUUAUAUUUUUCACUAUCUUUUUGUUUUAUUUAUAUUUUAUACACAUAAUAUUAAAUUAUAUUCUCUCGGUUCCAAAAUCAUAUUCUAUGACAAUUGUUCAAGACUAGUUGCAAAAAUUUAAAUUCGAUCAAGUGUGUUGAUUUUAAAAGAUGUGUCAAGUAUUGUGGUAACAUAUAAGAACUGAUUUAGUGUUCUCUUUUCAUUAGCCUAAAUUAAAUGAACAUUUGCCAACACUUAAAGCUAAACCAAAACCUAUCCAAGCUUUUCUCAAACCCCCACCAAACUAUACCUUUGUUAUUUUCAUUCGAGGGUAUCAUUGUAACACGUGGUUUAAUACAUUACAUGAGGAUAUAGUAGUUUAUACAAAGAAAAUUUAGUGAGGUAUUAAAGACGCGAAUAUUUAAAGACCAUCGUGAGUGACUUGUAUGUUAUUUGGAAAUUGGAAUAGUUUAUAGUUUUAUGCAUAUUAAAAUUUUAAAAUACAUAGUAGCACUUAUAAAGUUCAUCAACCUAUCUUCAAAGGUGAUAAUUUUUAAUUUUCAAAUGUAGACUUUUUGGUAAAACUUUAAAAAACCAAUACAACACAUCAUUUCCAAAAUCACAUAAUUAGAAUAAAUAAUAAUUUAAACUGGAUAAUAGGAAAGCAAAGCAGAGUAAAUAAAGGAGUGUGAGUGGCAACGUAUAAUGUCAGUCGUGGAUUCAAUUGUAUAAAAAGAAACCUCAAAUAAUUUCAUUAAAUAGUUUGAUUCUCAUCUCUCUGCUCAGAAUAUUUGUCGAGCAGCUUUGAUUACAAACAGUACUAAUUUAUAUCACCGGUUUAGUUUUGGUACGAUGACGAUGAAGCAACAAGAUCAGGCAGCUCAACAACCCGAGAUUGCUAUAAUCGUGGGAGGUUCUUCUUCCUCAUCUCCUCCUCAGAUUAUAAGGUAAAUUUAAAAGCUUUUCCUCAUACCAUGCGCCUUAUGUGGAUGAAGAAUCGCUAGAAAACAUUUCUUUUAAACUUUUGUUAUUGAUGGGUUUGUAGGUUAUAAGGUAAAGGUGACAUCUUUGUUCUCUCUUUCUGAUUUUUCUGACAUCUUUGUUGUCUCUUCCUCUGGAAUCUGGAUUUGAUUUGUUUAAUUCACUUAGUAGGCAUUUCUCCUUUUUUGAUUUGUUUAUGUUUUCAUUACAAAACUUAGCCAUUUGUAAUUGUUUUAUACGGAAUAAAUGUGAAAUGAGAAGUUCAAACCUGUUGACAUGUUAGUCCUUUAGCCAUUUAGCUUUGCAUUUGUGUACCAUUGCAAAGUUGGUAUCUUUUAGAGACUCAAGUAAAGGAAAGCAAGCUUAUGUUUUUUUAUUAGUUCCAAGUAUCAUUGAUCUAGAGUUCUGAAAGGACUAAUAUGUGAUUGGUAGAAAUUGAAAAUGUUGAGUAUCUCUUUUUAUGAGAAGAUGUUGUAAUCAUUUUCAGUUUUUUAUUGUGCAUGAGAAAGGCCUGAACUUUGACAUGUAUUAUUUGAGAAUCACCGUCAAUACCUCGGUGUAGGUCCGGGAUAAUCCUUUAUUCCAUAGUCCUGGGGCUAUUUACAACUAGCCAAUUCAGAAUUUGCAGGUGUACUAACUAGUGCAUCUUUGAUGCAGUCAUCGAUUCUUCCGAGAGUUCACAAUUACCGCGCGCAAACAUAUUAAUUUAAUGACUUACUACUUAUAUAGGCUGAGCAUCAGGUGAAAGAAGAAUCUACUGAAGAUGUGUCUAGCUCUCUACAGAGUGGAACCCACUUGGAUCUUUCAAUACCAUCUAGACCAAAGAGUUCACUGAAGUCCACGAGCUCAUUCAAAAGCGUUAGUUCACCCUCACCAAGAGGAAUCUUGCGUAACCUAAGCUUCAAAAAGAAAGCUGUAGUCCCUCAUCCUGAAAGCGAGAGAAGCUCUCUACUCUCUCCCAAUCUUAUGGAAACACCCAAAAAGACUAUUAUUACUGCCGGUUCAACAACUUCUCCGUACUGGAAAAGAUGCUUAUCCCUUCCAACAAGACAUGCCUCAAAGCUGUCUCCUGUGCCAGCUGAACCGCCUAACG